AUGGCUCCUGCCAGCGAGAGAACGAUUACCUUCACUGAGGUCAACAAGCUUAACAAGCCAACAUUGACCUAUAUCUACUCCUUACCGUCGUCAGACGUCACGCCCCUUACAAUUGGAUCGGAGAAGGGUACCACAGGCCGUCUAGAUAUAGCACAUACUUCGUCUCCUUCAACAUCAUGGUCUCUGAGCUCGUUGCGGAGCUUCCUGGUCAAUGUUUUUCUUCCUGCUGGGUAUCCGACCAGUGUUAGCGACGACUAUACCCCAUAUCAAAUAUUCGACUCUCUCCAAGCAUUUAGUAGUUCCAUCGCCGGCCUUCUAGCAUCCCGAGCAGUACUGCAAGGCGUCGGAGUCGGCAACGCAGACGCAUCACCAACAUCCGCUCUCCUCCUGCACAUCCUGCAAGAUACGUCCGGCCGGAUCGCGACCAUUCUCUUCGCCCACCGUGUGGGAACAGCCUUAGAGCCGGAAUGCAAAAUGUACCGCUUUGCGGCGGACAUCUUCAACGAUCUCGCCAUGGUGCUCGACUGUCUUUCGCCGAUGAUACCGGCUGGUCUGUGUAGGGUGACUGUCCUUAGUGCCGCCGGUGUGUUGAGAGCGCUUUGUGGUGUUGCCGGAGGAAGCUCGAAGGCCAGUCUGGGUGCGCAUUUUGCGCUGUGGGGGAAUCUGGCGGAGGUUAAUGCGAAAGACUCCUCCCAGGAAACAGUCAUUUCACUCAUUGGGAUGCUCGUCGGGUCCCUCGUCGUCUCCCAUAUCACUGGCUUCACGGCAACAUGGCUUACCCUUAUACUCCUGCUAACCAUGCACUUAUCCCUCAACUACGCUGCCGUUCGGUCCGUCCAAAUGACGACGCUGAAUAGACAGCGAGCCAACAUCAUCUUUUCGUCACUGCUCUCCUCAGACCCUGACUUCGCGGACUUUGUCUCAAACCCUAACCAUCAAGAUGAGCGGUCCUUGCAGCAAAAGCAUAUAGGGAGACAAGUAAAACCCCUAACCCCAGCCCAAGUCGCCAAGCAAGAACGGAUCUUCGAUGCUGGCAGUGCGCUGAAGUGGUACCCUUCCUUUUCUUCCUCAUCAGCAGAGCAACCACAAGUACUGGGAUCAUGCGAGAUUGGCGUCUCAGUACGGCAGUUCUUCUCCCAGUCAUCUCAUACUACCAGUCGAGGGCCCAACUCGCUGAAGACGAACCUCCCACUACGAGAAAUAACGGCUCUCUUUGAAGGGGAGGCGUAUAUCCUUUCCCUUACGCCGGCUUCUACCAACAUAUCAGCUACUGUCAUCCUCAAACAACGCAAUCCCACCGCCGACACUGAUCGCUCAGAUUCAGACCCCAAAACCAACCCGCAACUUAAGGCAUGGAUGCACGCCCUCCUCGCCGCAAAGAUUUUAUCCUUAACCUCCGCCUCGACCUCGAUCUCGACACCGGUCUCUGGUGACGAUAACCCAACCCCAGUACAGGUGGACCAUGUCCUACAAGUUGUCUCCCGCACACUGGACUACUUAAACGGCCAUGGUCGGUUCCAGGCGUAUAUUGACUCUCUGAGGGAGACCGGGUGGGAAGUUAAUGGUGAUGGUGAGGGCGGUGGCUCUGCAUUGGAGACGAGGGUUGUGGGGAGAGUGGUUGUCUCUUCUCUUUCCUGA